AUGGUUUCUGACUACAAAGAAUCUUCAAGUGAUGAACUGUUGGAACAAGCCCUACUUCCAUCUUUUCUAUCUCGCCUGUCCGGAGAAGGAACCAGGAGGAGCAGUGUGCCUGUCCAUUUACCAUCAGAGAAGCAGGAAGAACAUCACAAUGAAAUUAAAAGACCUCAUCACUCCACUGUCUACGGUGCUCUGGCAAGUAUCUAUGGAACUUCAGGACUUAUCCAACAGAAAGCAGCCAUCAUCCCAUCUGUUGUCCUGGAGAACAGUGAUGGCAGUGUCAAGGAGCUCGACCAUAGUGGAGAAAUUAAGUCAUCAUUUGAAGGGAAAAAAAGAUCCAGCUAUGGGAGUAUGACAGGCUUCAAACCAGCAACCCAUCUAACUGAACAUGUAGUUGAUUACAAGAUAGGACCAGGAAUCGGAGCAUUUGAAGUGGCCAAGGGAAGAAUCAGUAAGGAGAACUUUGAAUUGAUCAAGGACACUGUAGCAAAGAUGGACCGAGUUGUGGCAGAAUUCAAGCAAACAGCAGUGAAAUUCAGGUCUGAGGUUCAGCUGUCAGUGGGUCAAGCCCCAAAUGGAACAUCCAAGAUCAACACAAUUGGCCAAGUUUGUCGAAACUCAACUUCGAGUUUGAUCAAUCAGGAUAACCAACCAGAGAAUGAAUGGUAUGCUGGCAAAGGAAGCGUUAGGAAUCUUGUUGAUGAUUAUGAAGAAAUGGAAGAGCAAGCAGUGAAGGAAGCUGGUGUCAUUGGCAAAUACAGGUAUCCAGUAUGUGGAAUUCUGGCCCGAAAAAGCUCACAGAGUAGAAUGAGCCAUGGGGAAGUUGAGUCAGAUCAGAGGUGGUCAAAUGAGGAGGACCGGCAAUUGAGAUAUCAGAAAAAAGUGUCUGACGCCCGAGAAGAGAAGAGGAGAGCAAGCAUUGACAUUGCCACUCAGACAAUCAAGAUGCACAAUACUGUUAGAGAUGACUAUCAUGUACAGCAGACGUCGCACUUCCCUCAGACAGGCAGUGAUAGCUUGCUGGAAAGAAAAGUGCAAAGACAAGGAAUAAAAAGUCAAAUGGUGAAUUAUACAAGAACUUAUGGAAAUAGUGAAGAAGAAGAAAAUCGACAGUACAAAGUGGUUGGACCGAGGAUGGUGUCUGCUGGUUCAAAUACUGACAGAUCAUCUUUUGAAGAUGGGAACUUGCAAGUAUCGAGAAUGCAAAUGAAGAACAAAAGAGAUGUUGAAAUUGAAGAUUUCGUUGAGUCUGUCCCAGAAUCAGCAGUGGAGGAAGCACGGAGUAGCUUGGAAAAAUUCUAUUCUGCCACAUCGGUGUGUGCCAGAUCCAAUGCAUCAGCUGAUGACCUAAAAGGUGAAAGUAUUGAGUGUCAUCAUGGAUCCUUUGAUACGGAUGAACAGACUAGACCCACACCAGCUGCAAGUAGGAUUGGAAGUGUGAGAAAUAAAAUGGAAGUAACAUUCAGUAACGAUGUCCUGGAAGAAGUGUACUCUGAUGGAGCUGCCACUACCACUGAGAGUAGCACUAAUGCAAGUCCAGAAUCUUUAGCAUCUGCAGAGACAAUCAAACGGCAUAAAGACAAGGAAAGUCUUGCCAGAAAAUUAGAAAUAGAGGAAUUCUACAAUGACGAUGUGAUCAGCCAGUGUAUGUGCAAAGCUGACCACAUGAGAUUACAAACAACUAUGUCCCUUGAUACAUCAAGUCCAUCCAGAGGGAACCCUGUUCCUUUUGAUGAUUCGUCUAUUGUCGAGAAAUUUCAAGGAGAUUGUGAGACCACGACACCAUUGCCUACGCCUAUACCAUCAGAAAGGAUAAAAAAACUUCUUGCAUGCUCAACCCCUAACCGGAUGAUACCACACAUGGUCGAGAUAAGUGAAGUACAGGACUCCAGUGGUAACAGUGAAGAGCUCUCAAACAGGAUCAUUGAUGCUGGUGGUGCCAGUGAUGGGGAAAGUUUGGCUGCAGAUGAAAGUGAUGGUGUUUCUGUGGAUGUGGACAGUGAUGUGGAAGAACCUAGUUUGACAGCAGAUGGAGACGGUGAUAACCCUCAGGUAAAAGAUGAAAUAGUGCAGAGCAUGAGUGGGCAAGUGAAGACCUUUGUUUGAUUCAAUCUAAUCCAAAAUGAUAGAACAUUACGUAAGAGUUAAUUUCUAAUGGUGUUCUCUGUUUAUUCAUGGACUGAAUUUGAAAUACUUCCCAUUUUGAGUGGAUUAAGAAAAUCUAGUCCUGAAGCCUUGCAAUCUGUGGAUAGUAUUGGAAUAGACCAAUUCCAGAGAAAAUAUUAAAGUUGAUACCUUUUCGAAUGUUAAAAAAGGACUCGGUCCCACAUGUAUAAGUCGACAUGAUCUGUGAAAAUUAUUGUAGCAUUAUUGCAUUCUUGAAAAUUUUGUCUAAACCUUGAUCUCUAAUGAAUAUAUUCUUGUUGUAAUUCUGUUCUUGUUUAAAGAAAGGCACUGCUAAAGGCAUCACUAUAUGACUGAUAUUUGUACAGAUUUGUUCAUGUUCCAACUUUAAAUUAUCUAAUUCUAUCUUUUCCAAUGACUUUAUAGAUUGAAGAAUGUUUAAUGCUUUUUUAGGUGUUGUCUGUUUGUCUUUUAAAUGAAAAUACGUUUUCCUCGUAUACUGUGUUCACUCUGCAUGAAUCAUUGAAUGUGAAUCCUCGACAAUGUAUUAUUUAAGCAUUUAGAAAUUGUUAAUGGUAAUGGAUCUUGUACAGAUCUACUGUUUGUUAUGAGAUGUUACAAAAUGUACAAUUUGCAACUGAUAAUAAAACCUUUUUAGUCGAUAUA